GGACGGGCGGAAACUUCCGUGCGGCGGGCGAGGAGGCGCCUGGCGGCGGGCGACAUGUUCCAGGCCCCGGAGAGCGACGGCGGCCGGGCCGGCUCCAGGGCCAUGAAGCCCCCGGGUGGAGAGGCCAGCAAUCUUUUUGGAAGUCCAGAAGAAGCUACUCCAUCAAGCAGGCCCAAUAGGAUGGCAUCUAAUAUUUUUGGACCAACCGAAGAGCCUCAGAACAUCCCUAAAAGGACCAAUCCUCCAGGGGGGAAAGGAAGCGGUAUCUUUGACGAAUCCAUGCCUGUGCAGACUCGACAGCGUCUGAACCCACCUGGCGGGAAGACCAGUGACAUUUUUGGUUCCCCAGUUGCUGCCACUUCACCUUUGGCACACCCAAACAAACCCAAGGACCACGUGUUCUUGUGUGAGGGAGAAGACCCAAAAUUGGCCCCUAAAGCCUCAACGAGCUCGUCGCCCAGAGAAGAGCCCGGUGAGAAGGGAGGCCCUGGAGGAGCGGGCCGCGCCCAGCAGCCGGUGCCCAUGCCCACGGGGGACAGCCAUGAGCCCAGGUUGGGCCCGCGGCCGCGCUCUCAUAACAAAGUCCUCAACCCUCCUGGAGGCAAAUCCAGUAUCUCCUUCUACUAAGAGGGGCUGCUGCUUCGUCUGUAGCCAGACAAGAACCCGGAGAGAUAGGAUUUCAAAUACUAUAGUUUCUUUUAGCCCAAAGGAGCCGGGUGGGGAAAGGGUCUGCUGUGUAUCUGAAGCCGCUGCUCAGGCCCCACUGCCGUCGCAGAGCCGGGGGGGACCUCACCUCCAGACUGCGGGAGACCAUUCUUGGUGGGGAUAAAACGGGACUCACUGUAACUGCACACGUGACAGGACU